UGAACAUCUUCAACACCCUUGUUAGCAUCACUGCUCAUCACGACAUCCCAGCACCGGGCGGACUUCUUAAUUGCAGAGGCAGUUGAUGCAUUGAGCUCCCUCGCCUGAUCCCCCUCCUCUCCUCUGCCCCCAGGGGCUCGCCCACCAUGUCGCAGACCGUAGGAAGCACCAAACUCGCCUACGCCCGCGCCUGGCACCUCGUCGACGUCGGCGCGGACCCGCGCGCCCUCGGCCGCAUCGCGUCGCAGAUCGCCAUCGUGCUCAUGGGCAAACACAAGCCCAUCUACGACCCCUCGACCGACUGCGGCGACUACGUCGUCGCGACCGGCUGCCACGACCUGCACACGACGGGCAAGAAGCGGUUUCAGAAGAAGUACUACACGCACACAACGCGGCCCGGCAGCUUGAAGGAGAUCACGAUGGACAAGAUGUUUGCGAAGUGGGGCGGCGCAGAGGUGCUGCGCAAGGCGGUGAGUGGGAUGCUGCCGAAGAAUCGGUUGCGGAAGGCGAGGUUGGCGAGGUUGAAGGCUUUUGAGGGCGCGGCGCAUCCGUAUAAGGCGAAUAUUAUUAGGGUUAGUCGGACGAGGAUAGGGGAGAUGCCCGAGGUGAAGGCGACGCUGGCGAAGGCGGUGGAGGGGUCGAGGGUGGAGGCGUAGGGGGUGUGGAAGGGAGGGUGUAGGAUAUGGGAUGUGUAUAUCAGUUGCUGUUUCACAAUCUACACGAAAACAGUUACUUUGUUGCAAACUUGCAUAUGUUUAUAUAAUUUCUUUAAGCUCCUGUGAGAGCGUACGCCUACGGUUAAUAUCAUUUUAGUGGUAGGAUAUACCGUCCAAGGUUGCUUAGAGGCAUUGGGCUAGUCAAAGUAGUCGAUCUACGUUCCGUCUGGGGACAAACUGUAUCGAAGCACUUCAAGCGGUGGUAGACAUUAUUGUGCCUAGCAGGCAUUUUUAUAUGGAUC